AUGGCCGGCGCUCGGGCGCUCGUGGCCGUCUGCUGCUGCUGGUGGUGGCUGACCAACGCAGCCGCCACCGAGCUAGACUUGUUGGCUGCGCUGUCGCUGCACAACACAACGCGGACCGGAGUCAGCGCUGCUCCUGGCAUGCAGCCUCAGCGGACCGCGUACUCCCUUGACGGGGACUCGCGAUCGCUGCAGGUGGAAGGAACGGCCUUCGACCACGCCAUGGAGCUUCUGCGACGAUCGCCAGAGUUCACAGUCCUAGCUGCUCUUCGACAGGAGCCGGCUAACUCGGGAACAAUUCUAUCCUUCUCACACGGAUACAACAGGUAUCUGGAGUUGCAGUCGAGUGGUCGGCGAGAUGAGGUGCGUCUACAUUACGUGGAGGCAGGAGGCGUCACGGCCCGAGUGGAGACCUUCCCGUUUCGACUCGCGGACGGCGCGUGGCAUCGGGUGGCACUUGCUGUCUCAGGGGCGCAAGCAACUCUGCUCGUUGACUGUCACCCGCUGUAUCGACGGUUAAUACCACCACCAGACCGGAAUUUUACACAACCACAACUCUCAUUGUGGGUAGGACAGAGGAAUAGCAAGCAUUCUUUAUUUAAGGGAACCCUUCAAGAUGUUAGAUUGGUGAGUGGGCCUCACGGCUAUCUGGUGCAGUGUCCGGGGCUGGACUCCGAAUGUCCCACUUGCGGCCAGUUCUCACUGCUACAAGCCACGGUACAGGAACUAACUUCACAUAUCCAUGACCUUUCACUAAAGCUUGUGGGCACGGAAGCAAGAUUGGCGCGUUUAGAACAAUGUGAUUGUCAAAAAUCGUGUUACUCUAAUGGAACAGUGCACGCUGAUGGUGCAACGUGGCAAAAAGACUGCAAUCGCUGCUCUUGCGUGCAUGGUGAAAUAACAUGCAGGCCAGUAGAAUGCGACAGAGCUGAAUGUAAAAAUCCAGUGUUACAUCCAGGAGAAUGCUGUCCCACGUGUCUGAGACAGUGCCUGCUAAAGGGCACUCUAUAUGAACACGGCGAGCGAUUCGCUCCCAAGGAGUGCGCGGAGUGCGUCUGUCACGACGGUAACAUGCAAUGCGCACGCGUCGAUCCCGACACAGCCUGCCCUCCGCUACCCUGCGACGCACCGGACCAGUUUACUGUACCCGGAGAGUGUUGCAAGUUCUGCCCUGGUGUGGACUACUGCAGUAUGGGACAUUCUUGCGAUGAAAAUGCUACAUGUAUGAAUCUUAAUACAAAGUACACUUGUAAGUGCAAUCAAGGAUUCCAAGGAGAUGGGAUCACGUGUGAAGAUGUAGAUGAAUGUCAAUCGGCCGGUGGUCUGUACGGUCACCACUGUCAUUCCAACACUCGUUGUGUGAACGUCGUAGGAGGGUACGUGUGUCAAUGUCUUCCGGGAUACACCAGGAGGGACAAAUUCAAUUGCGUUGAGGUGGACGAGUGUUUGAGUGACACACAUGGCUGUGAUCCUCACGCCGAGUGCAGUAACACGCCUGGUUCAUAUACCUGUCUGUGUAGGGAGGGAUACUCUGGAGACGGUUAUACAUGUACACCUAUAUGUAGCGGUGGUUGUCUCAACGGCGGUGUAUGCGCCAGUCCAGAGCACUGCGCAUGCGCACGCGGUUUCGCCGGCGCUCGUUGCGAGCGGGACGUUGACGAAUGCUUGCGUGCGGCUCACCCCGCCGCGCCGAGAGCGUGCGUGCCGCGAGCCGCGUGCGUCAACACGCCCGGCUCCUACUACUGCGUCUGCAGAAACGGUUAUAGAAGAGACCCCCAUAGAGAUCACUGUGAAGAUGUCGAUGAAUGUGCUGAAGGAUUUCAUACUUGUCAUCCGAGCGCACGGUGUGUUAAUACGGACGGAGGAUUCAGAUGUGAAUGUGAUACAGAAAAUUGUGAAUUGAGUUGUUCAUGGCAAGGCCGUAUUGUUUCUGACGGCGGCCGGUGGUCGGAGGCUGGUGGGUGUCGCGCGUGUUCGUGUGCACGAGGGGUGGCCGUCUGCGAGGAUGCUGUGUGCUCCUGUGAUACUGACAACACCUCGCUCACUUUCCAUAGCUCGGAGUCUAUCCCCCUGGCUCCAGCGUCGUGCUGUCCUCACUGCGACGCUCGUUACCACUGCCGUCACCAGGAGAUGCACCACGUGACCUUCCGUAGCGGUGAACGAUGGCUCUACCAGUGUCAGAUAUGUGAAUGCCUCCUGGGUGAGGUGGACUGCUGGGAGCCCGAGUGUGAGGAUGGCGGCGGGUGCUGCGCCUUUGACACGGGGGAGGCCCCGGGGAGCAGGAGCCGGGCAGAGGAGGAGCCCUGGCGCACCCCGCACCGCCUCGAGCUCGCAGGCUGCGCGCCACCACACUGCCCCACGUGCCAGUUUUCAAAGGGCGGGCAGUGUGCUACUUUGGUGAGCAAUCUCGCGUGUUGUGUGCAUCGAGGCCGGCGAGACGCGGCGGCGGCGGCGGCCCUGGCCCUGGCGGCGCUGUGGUGGGGCCGCGCGCCUCGACCUCACCGCAAGCACCGCGGCGCGCGGCGCUAG